AUGUCUAAAAUCAACAAUUACAAUUAUGUUUCUGCUUGCUCCGAUGCUGCAUCUAAUGCCAGUGCAUAUACCUUACUGAACCGUCAACAGCCAAUCCAUGCUCGUAUUAGUACCAACAACGAGAGAGAUCGUCGACCAAUAGAUCCUCCUCCCAUCGUCCAAAUGAGACUUAACAACGCCACUCCGCAACAAACUGAUGCAUUCCAUCAAAAUUCUUACUUUUAUAUGUGCGCUAAUUUAGCUCAUCCAUCUGAUGAUAAUGAAAUUUACACCCCUACUCACAAUGCUCUGUCUGGUCAAACUGUUUCCUCCAUGUACAAGUUGAAAGACAUUGAUAAUCAUGACGGGGCCUUCUUUAUCUUUGGGGAUCUGUCUGUCAAAGUAGAAGGAAGCUUUAGACUGAAACUUUCUCUAUUUGAAAUCACUACCACGGGCGCUGUGUGUCUGCAAUCUAUCUUCACUGGUCCCUUUGUUGUUUACCCUACAAAGAAGUUUCCCGGGAUGCUGGAUUCUACCUUUUUAUCAAGAUCCUUCUCUGACCAGGGUGCCCGUAUCAGAAUACGUAAGGAAAACAGAGCUCAAGUAUCUAAUAGCAGCAGCGCUGCUGCCACAUCAAUCGGUGCUGUGUCUCGCAAAAGAAAGCUAGGGAUUCAAACUGAGCAAUACAUCCUCUGCGCUCCCUCUCCAGCAUCUGCAUCCCUACAUGUUACCUCUCACAACGCAAACCCUAAUCAACUCAUGGCUCAAAGUCCUCCACUUCCAGCUACGAGUAUACCCGGUUCUUACUAUGAGCGAAGAACUAGUAUCACAAGCAGUGGUACAGAAAGUUGUAGCAGCGAUGAAAGCCCAAUUGCUACUCACUUUUCAUCUCCUCGUGUUUCUCUGCCUCCAUUGUCUCCUCCUCAACAAUCCUAUGACAAAUUCUUCCCUACUGCCGCCUCAAAUUAUAUUCCUCUCUCUUACCACUCUUCUCCAUCCUCGCCGCCUCUUCAUGUCCACUAUCAAAUGCCUGUGCAUGCAAAGCCUGAUUUCGACGCCUCUGUCAAAUUACCACCUAUUCGUAACUUUAACUCUUCACUAACGAGACAAAGAACCACAAGCACUGAACAGGAUGCUGUAGUUGCCAUGAUGCAAUUAUCUCAUUCUUACAAUACCGCACCUUCAAAGCAGCAUCACUUGCUUCAUUUAAAUUAA